AUGGAAAUUUUAAGUCAAAAUGUUACUUUGACUCAUCUUAAAUUAGAAUAUAUCGAAAUGAGCAAUUAUAGUGCAAAAUUGAUAUCAAAUUUAGUGAAUCUUGAACAUUUAAACGUUCGUGAAGCUAGGAAUGAAAUUCAAGAUGAUGCAAUGAGCAGUAUUCUCAAUAACUGUAAAAAGUUGAAAGAAUUAAAUAUUAUGAACGCAAAUGUCUUAUCAAAAUAUAUAGUAAUUGAACCUGAUAGUUUGACCAAACUUGAACAUUUGAGUAUUACAUGUCGUCCUAGAACUAGUGAUACUGUUAUGAAUUAUAUAUUCAUGAAUUGUAAAAAUUUAAAAAGUAUAGAUAUACAAUAUGGAGAGUUUUUGUCUAACAAAACUCUCAAUAUACUAGGAGAUUUAAAAAAUCUAAAAAAUAUGGAUUUGAUAAGGGCUGCCAUUGAUGAUUCAGUUUUAUACCAUUAUCAUGAUCUCAAGGUAUUGGAUUGUUCAUUUUGCCCAAAAAUAACAGACUCUGGUAUCAAACACAUACUUGACUCAUCGCCAAACCUUGAAAAAUUAAGAGUGGAAUCGACGAACGUUACACUUCGCACGCUUAGUUAUGCAUUGUAUUUAAGUACAUGUCGGAAAAAAAAAUUACGUCUUGGCUUAAGUAGCCAUAUUAAAGUUAAUCCUGAAAGCACAAAUGACAUUGAUGUCUGGAGUAUUCGUGAAAAAUUUAAUAAUGAAUAUUUUGAACUUGUAUAG